AUGGAUAGUGAUUGGAGGUCUACACUGUCAAAUCAGGAGCGAUCCAAGUACAUCACAGAACUAGCUCAGAUUUUGGCACAAAUCAGCCAAGUCAAUGGUGGGGACCGUGGAAACUUCAAUUUGGAAAAGCUGAAAAAAACCGCAGAGCAGUUCGAAAAAAGCCUCUAUGCAAGCAGCUCUUCCAAGGAUCUGUAUUUGGAUUCGAUGCGCAAGAGGAUUGCGGCCAUGGACACUGCACGGAAAAAGGCAAUAGCCAACGUUCAACAGAGCAUAGCCAAGGCGGCAUCCCAGUCUCAAAACAUGAAUAAUAAUCCAGCAAUGCAACAACAACAACAACAACAACAACAACAACAACAGCAGCAGCAGCAGCAGCAGCAGCAGCAGCAGCAGCAGCAAAGAGCUCCUCAAUACGCACCUCCCAACAAUAAUAUCAAUUCACAAAUGUUCUUCAACCAGCAAGCUCAGCUCAGGCAACAAGCUGCGCAACAGCUACGAAAUGGGACUGCACCAAGUGGCCCUCUUUCUAAUGCACCAGUAAGACCACAGCUCACGCCACAACAGCAGCAGCUCAUCAACGAGAUGAAAGGCGCAGAAAUUCCUAGAGAGCUGCUACAACGGAUUCCCAAUCUGCCUCCAGGAGUCAAUACCUGGCAGAAGGUCACAGAGCUGGCCCAGCAGAAAAGACUGGGGCCCAAAGACCUACAGAUUGCCAAACAGGUCUACCAGAUGCAUCAACAGAUCGUGUUCAAAUCUAAGCUCCAACAAUCAAACGCUAACAACCGCGCCGCUCAGCAGGUGCGGCCUCCUUCACAGGGACAGGUCCCAAAUACGGCACAAGUUCCACAGAAUCAGCGUCCAAUGAUGAGCCAGACCACCAUUCAGCAGCAAACUCCCCAACAUCAGCAACAACAACAACAACCUCCACAUGCCCAGCUCUCUCAGCCACCACAGCCUGUUCAGAUGAAUCAAGCUCAUCCACAGCAGACUCAGGAGGUACCGAACGUUUUGAACAGAUUGAACCAAAUCUUCACACCGGCAGAACAAAAAGCCUUAUAUGAAAAUGGUAAGAAACUCAUCGCGGAUCUGCAAAGGACGAAUCGAUUGCCAUCCGUUAUGACCCCACAGCAGCAAGCUGUUUAUAUCAAAAAGUACAUCAACCAGAUGGCUUUGAAGAAGCUGCAGGCUGCUAGAAAUCAGAUGAACAAUUCAAACUCUGCACCGCCUCAGCAGGCGCCUCCAAUACCAAUGACUACGGCUUCUGCACCUCAAAUGAGUCAAUUCUCUUCCAAUAAUGUAAGUGACAGCGUUCCUAUUCCCGCCAAUAUGGCUCCAAGAAGGCCAUAUAGCGGGGCCAAUACGGGCAAUAACUUUAGUGAUGCAAAUGGACUUUCCUCAUCUCAUCCAGCGGCCCCACUCAAUGUCGCACCUCAAGCGCCAAUAACUGUACCACAAGUUCCCCCAGUACAGCAAGCUCCACCACAACCAAAGUUUUCGCUACCUCGCCCGACCGAACAGGAUUUGAUGGUACUUCGCAGGAUCUCGGCAGAAAUACAGAAAUCUCAUCUCAGACUCUCGAACAUUACAAACCAAAUAUCUCAGGAACAAAAACAGUCGAUUAGAAAUAAACUUCAGUUGAAUCGACAGCUAUUUACAAAUGUCGACAGCUUUAUUCCAACCUUGUACAUGAUCACUAGAAAUGAGGAAAAUGUUCGACAAUUGCUACAGAUUAGGAUGUUGGCGAGAGAAAUUACCGAGCACGCGUCCAGAGGCGUCUUCAUUGUUCCACCUGAGGUAGUUGAUAAGGUCAUUUUCCGGUACCAAAAAUACUAUGAGUUCAUCAAGGACCAGGUGCUAAGAAGACAUCAGCAAAUUAUUGCUGCCAGGCAGCAACAACAGCAGCAGGAUACUCAAACACCGCCGCUAAACCCCGUGGAUCCAGCUUUCAGUCAACAACGCAUACAGGGUUCCUUCCAGCAGAUUCAGCAGCAAAUGCAAAUGAGGCAGCAGCAGCAACAACAGCAGCAGCAACAACAACAACAGCAACAACAACAAAAGAUGCAACCCAAUCCGCAGUUGAACAACUGGACAAGGCCUGUAAGUACUAAUGGUUUGGAUGGGAAACCUGGUUUGCCGCUGCACUCUGCUCCCGAAAACAUUCGCACCGCUUCUGCAGGUAUAGACUUUUUGAACUCUCCGGAGUUCCUAAACGCGAAGUCGUCUCCUCAACAGGCUGGUGUAUCGCCAGCCAAGAAGCAAGCCCAAAUGAGAAAGAAGAUGACGAUGAAGCAAAACUCGAAUCAAGGUACGCCUAGUGCAACUACAAUGGCAUCUACUGAUGUCCCCAAUUUGGCAGCAGGAUUAGCCGUUUCCGGUACGAGCAGGGCGGACACACCUCAUAUGGCAACAACAAGUAUGUCGCCUAUGCUAAACAAAGUUGCCAGUACCAACCCCAGUCCAUCGCCGAAAUCAGUUCCAGGUGGUAUGGCUCAGAAUAAUACUGUCAAUUAUCCUUACAAAGAAGAUGAAGACAAUUCUAAGAGAAUGAUAGUCCGCAAAAACGAAAUCAUCUCCAGAUUUAAACGCAGACAGGAUAUUCUCCGCCACUCACCGGUGGACCUCUUUUUAUCUUCUUUGGCAGACUGUUUAGGUGUUGCUGAAGAUUCCGUUGAAUUUUUAAACCCGAUACCACAGGAAAUUGUAGACCAAGUCAACGGUACAGGAAAGAAAAAAGCAGGCAAAUCCGCUGCGCAACGAGGGAAGGAUCGAGAUUAUGCCAAUGCAUCUAUCAAGGACAACAAGCUUAUCAUGUCCCCUAAUCCCGCACUUCGCACAUACAAGGCUAGCCCUUAUAUGGUCAGAGUCGACGACGUCUCGAAGGUUUUCAAAGAUGUUUACGGCUCUACACGUUUGUCCGAUUUUUCGUUUGGUACUCAGAAGGCUGAACCCGAUAUUCGGGGUAAGAAACGGAAAGCUGCUGAAUUAGAUGGCAGUCCAAAUAGUUCACCGGCGUCAUCAACGGUGAUGAGCGAAUCCAAGAAGAUCAAAUUCGACUCACCUGAAGAUCUUUACUUUACGGCGCCAGGCGAAGAAAUAAAGAAGGAACUUUCCGGAGGAAAUGCCGUUGAGGCUUCAUUUGGUGAAAAUGCAUGGCAGUGGAACUUCUGGGACUCUGCUUCGUAA